GCCCAGCUGCCGAGUUCAAGCACCGUCGAUUUUGGUUUCUAUCAACAUGCAAGAAUUAACUUAUUCAGACAGAAAGCCCCUGUGGUGGAUUCCACCAGAGGCGGUGACCAACCUCUCAUCGAAACCCGUCGGCAACGGUGAUUUUGGUGUUGUUUAUACGGGUCGCUACGGCGGUGCUAUCGUCGCGGUCAAAAAGACAUUAUGUGGCACAUCCCGCUCGACACACACGGCCUUUCAUCGGGAAGUCGAGCUUUGGACCAGUCUUCGGUAUCCCCACAUCCUCCCCCUCUAUGGUGCAUUUUUUCAAGAUGAUCUGGGAGUGACGGUUUCUCCCUUCAUGCAAAAUGGCUCGAUAGACAAAUACGUCUCACAAUCCCGGGUUUCUGUCGAGGAGAAACUCCGACUGAUGUACGAAGUGGCCUCUGGCAUGACGUUUUUGCAUUCAAAAGACGUGACCCAUGGUGACCUAAAGCCAUCCAACGUCCUGCUGGAUUCCGACUUCAAAGCGGUGAUAGCGGACUUUGAUGCUUCGGGUUACAAGAGGGCAACAAAACUCGCCGAUGGCACAGCGAUAUUUGGAGCUCCCAUGAGUGGCACCCCAGCAUUCAUUGCCCCCGAAAUCAUCAAGCAGAAUGUCCCGAAUCACAAUGUCAAGCCCUCCGAUGUUUACGCCUACGCCAUGCUGCUCUACUUGGUUCUCAAGGAUUGCGAUCCCUUAUGGCCCUCGAGCGACAACGAACCGAUCAGCUCAUUUGAAGUUCUCCAGCGAGCUGUCACUAACGACCGUCCCACUCGGUUCGAUGGUAUACCUGAGAACAUAUGGGCGCUUAUCGAGCGCUGUUGGCAUCAGCAACCCGAGCAACGUCCGGCGUUUGUCAAAAUCGAAACAAAACUCCAAGAGUUUCGCCACUCUGGCGCCAGUCACGCAGACUCAACCACACAACCCACCCCUGAGACCUUGCCCAAGAAGCGCCCCCGAGCUGACGAAAGUUACAAAUACCCAAAGCUUGUCUGUAUCGACCUCGACUCUGAAGAAAUCACCAUGGAUACACCCGCACCACUCUCUGGUCCGUCACUCGGUAUCCCGGACAACCAACCGACCGAGGAAGCGGCCGUUGCCCCAGUGACGCAGCGACCCGAUCUCGUCAACAUCCCAGAAGUUUUCAAGAGGGCAUGGGAGCUGUUUUCGGAAGAAAAAUAUGAAGCCGCGAUGAACGACUGGCAAGCCAUCUCCGACAUCUCGUCGGAUCCUGUCAUGAAGCCCAUCAGUACAUUGAUGAUGGGCUGGUGCUACUACCAUGGAUUCGGAGUCGAUCCAGAUAUCCCCAAAGGCUAUAAACUCAUUAUCGAGUCGAAAACAGAUGACUUCAACUUGGGGGUUGGAUCAAUUGAUCCAAGCAUACCAGUCAAGUCAGCUUCGGAAGCCGCUAAGGAAUUCUUCAAAUUAUGCGAUUCCAGAUCCGCUUAUCACUGGCCUUGUAAGCAUCUGACAACGGUAUGCCGUUUCAACGGAUUUGGUACCCGCCGCAACCAACGCAGGACAUUUGACGAUUUCCGAUAUUUGGCAGAGAAGAAACACGCCGUAAGCCAGCAAAUGCUUGGCGAAUGCUACCGAUACGGCUGCGGCGCCAAGAGCGACGAUGAAAAUGCUUUUAAAUGGUACACCAAGGCCGCUAAUCAGGGAAAUGCAACCGCUCGAUACAACCUCGGUGUUUGCUACGAAAAUGGCCAAGGCGUCGACAAGAGCUAUUCAAAUGCCUUCGGUCUGUACACUAUAGCUGCAAUUCAGGGGAAUGUCAAUGCUCAGAACAGCCUCGGUGGCUGCUACCGAAACGGCCGAGGCGUAGAUCAAGAUAUUUCCAAGGCUGUUGAGUGGUACACCAAAGCUGCCAAUCAGGGACAUGCAAGUGCCCAGAACAACCUCGGCCUCGUCUAUCGCGACGGCGAAUAUGUUGAGCAGGACCACAACAUCGCUUUCGUUUGGUUCACCAAAGCCGCCAAUCAGGGGCAUGCAGAUGCUCAGUGCAGCCUCGGCCUAUGCUUCAAAAAUGGCUGGGGUGUUGACCAGGACCCCGACAAGGCCUUUGAUUUGUUCACCAAGUCUGCUGAUCAGGAGCAUGCACAUGCCAAGUUCAACCUUGGCCUGUGUUACGGAGCCGGUCAAGGUAUCGAAGCGAGCAUCAACACCUCCCUCAAAUGGCUCCGCAAGUCGGCCAAUCAAGGGGACGCGCUGGCUCAGCGACACAUGGGUUUAUGUUAUGAAAAUGGAACGGGUGUCAAAAGAAGUAUCGUAUGCGCCAAGACCUGGUUCCAAAAAGCUGCUGCUCAGGGCGACAACGAUGCGAAGAGUAGACUCGAAACACUUGAACGGGUGUCGGAUUCCGAUGACGGCAUUUCAAAUCACCCAUACUGGCGUACCGCACAGCAAGGCGACGCCAAUGCACAGUGCGUGAUCGGACAGGCAUACUGUGCUGGCAGAGGUGUUCAAAGAGAUCAUACCAAGGCUGUCUUUUGGUUUACUAGAGCUGCUCAACAAGGCCAUACACAGGCGCAGAAAAAAAUGGGGGAUUGCUACUACCGCCACCACAAUUACACCGACAAGGCCUACAAGGCGGCUGUCAAGUGGUGGACCAAGGCUGCCAAUCGAGGAAACCAAUUUGCUCAGUACCGACUUGGCGACUGCUACACUAGUGGCAACGGCGCCGAAAAGAACAUCGACACUGCCCAGUUAUGGUACCAAAAAGCGGCUAAUCAGGGUAACAAAGAUGCCAUCAAGGCUCUGAAGGAACUCCAAUCACAGCGUCCAAUGGAAUCGUCCGGAGAUGGCAUCGAGAGGAGCGAACACUGGGAGGCAGCACAACAAGGUGAUGCGGAGGCUCAGUUCAAUCUUGGCGUCUGCUACGAAAAAGGUCGUGGUAUCAUUCAGGACUACCCAAAGGCUGUCAAGUGGUGGACCAGUGCCGCCAAUCAGGGACAUGCAAAUGCCCAGUACAACCUCGGAAUCUGUCACUCCUUGGGUAUCCGUGUCGCCAGAGACCACACUAAGGCAUUCGAGUGGUUCACCAAGGCUGCCAAUCAGGGGCAUGCAAGAGCUCAGUACGGCCUCGGUUUCUGCUAUGAGUAUGGCAAAGGUGUAUCCAAGAACAUCGAGACUGCCCGAUCGUGGAUCCAAAAGGCGGCUGACCAGGGUCACGAAGCAGCAAAAAUCGUACUCGAGCGUCUCGACAAAGUCCUGGCUCCCACUGCUUCCCCUUCGGAUGUGCCUCCCAUGAAGUCCCAAUAGGCACUUCU